AUGACCCCUAUUUCAGAAGCUCUCUUAACGGUUCGUUGGGAUCGAAGCAACCUACAAGGAUUACAACUACAAGAUCCUACAGGCUCUGUCAUACUUUGUAGCUCAAACCUGGUCUCAGAGCAACAUGACACCAACAUCAACGCCCGACCAGGUUACAAGAUCGACGUGUAUUGGUCGUACGAAUAUGCCUACACCAAGGUGGAAAACCGAAGCCGAUAA